AGGCAACAAUCGGAUAAAUGCUCAUCUGUCCUCCUCGUCACCAGCACCUUGCUCAGUGAGUUGGAAGAUGGAGAUGGAUGUUAAGGGAGUUUCUCAGUGCCCAGAGCCCAUCCCCCACUCGCAGGGGUCUGGAGGCUGUCAGCAGCAGCAACAGCAGGAUGGGCAGGCAGGGGAAAGUGCAACUGCUAGUGACAGUAAUAAUCCAGAGAAGAGGCAAAACAGUGAGAAAGAAGACAAAAAGAGGUCAACAGCCAGCAAGACUUCAGGUGCUCCUUCAUAUAGCAGAUGGUCCAGCUCACAGCCACAUCAGUCCAGCUCCACAGUGAGAACGUACCAAAACACUAAAUCAAGAGUGACCAUGAGCCCUGGCUUUAGCUCACAAUGGAACAGCAGCCAACCUGCUUGGAACACAUACACCUUUCCAAGAGCAAGCUUGCACUACCAGUCCCAUGCCAGCUACACCUACUGUGCUGGACACCCUGCUCAGUCCUAUGCACCAGCUCCCCACCCCAUGGCUCCUCCCAGCCCCAGCACAAACAGCAGCAACAACAGCAGCAACAACAGCAGUGGGGAACAGUUGAGUAAAACCAACCUGUACAUUCGAGGCCUUCCACCCGGCACCACUGACCAGGACCUUAUCAAGCUCUGCCAGCCGUAUGGGAAAAUUGUAUCCACAAAGGCAAUUCUUGACAAAAACACAAAUCAGUGCAAAGGCUAUGGUUUUGUAGAUUUUGACAGUCCAGCAGCGGCACAGAAAGCGGUAGCAUCUCUUAAAGCAAAUGGCGUUCAGGCCCAGAUGGCAAAGCAACAAGAGCAAGACCCAACUAAUUUAUACAUCUCAAAUUUACCCAUUUCCAUGGAUGAGCAGGAACUGGAGAAUAUGCUGAAACCCUUCGGACAUGUCAUUUCCACCAGAAUAUUAAGAGAUGCUAAUGGAGUCAGCAGAGGAGUCGGCUUUGCCAGAAUGGAGUCUACAGAAAAAUGUGAAGUAGUAAUUCAACAUUUUAAUGGCAAAUAUUUAAAAACUCCACCUGGUGUACCAGCCCCCACUGAGCCUUUGCUGUGCAAAUUUGCUGACGGAGGGCAAAAGAAGCGACAGAAUCAAAGCAAAUACACACAGAACGGAAGGCCGUGGCCAAGAGACGGAGAGGCUGGCAUGGCUUUGACCUAUGAUCCAACAGCUGCUAUACAGAAUGGAUUUUAUUCCUCACCGUACAGUAUUGCAACAAACCGCAUGAUUCCACAGACAUCUAUCACGCCAUUCAUUGCUGCUUCCCCUGUCUCUACAUAUCAGGUCCAGAGUACUUCGUGGAUGCCUCAUCCGCCAUACGUUAUGCAACCAACAGGUGCUGUGAUAACGCCAACAAUGGACCACACUAUGUCAAUGCAGCCAGCAAGCAUGAUGGGCCCUUUGACCCAACAGAUGAAUCACCUUUCCUUGGGCACAACAGGAACGUAUAUGACUGCUGCUGCACCUAUGCAAGGGACCUACAUUCCCCAGUACACUCCUGUGCCUGCAACAGCUGUCCCCAUUGAAGGUGUCGUUGCUGAUACUUCUCCGCAGACAGUAGCAUCUUCAUCACAGGAAGCCAGUGGUCAACAGCAACAGAUGACAGUGGAAACAUCCAGUGAACAUGCGCCUGCAUAUUCUUACCAACAGUCUAAACAAUAAACAGGACUGAAGAAUGUCGGUCUGAAAUCUUUGCCUUGAAUGGAGAAACUUCAUUGAACAAGAAGUUGGCUUCCAGUUUGCACAGGCGUCAAAUGAAUGCUUUUUUUUUUUUAAUUUUCUACUUUCCCAACGAAAACACAACAGUGUUUUUAUGUGCUGUGCAAAUGGUUCCGUCAUGUAGUCUGACAGUUUUAUUUUUGCUAUAUUUUUUUUAAUUAAAGAAAAGACCCAGAGGAAAAACACUGGGUUGACAUUUCAUCAGGACGAACAUUUGAAUUCAGAAUUUACCUGUAGGUGUAACUAGAUUUUUUUUUUUAAACAUCAAAACUGAGGAUGUCAAGAGGGAGCAAGUUGACAAGAAAACUAAUUGUCUUCCUCAAAAAUUAAGCUACUUUUUUUUCUCUAAAUUUUUUCCUUCUUGUUGUAAAUCUAGUGUGUUUUUGUUUUUUGGGGGUUUUUUUUAGAAAUGUUUAGGUAAGGUUUAUCUUGAAUCUUAAUUGCCUUAAUUUUAAGGACGUCAGAGGCUCUCAAGGCAAGCUGUCAAUGUCUUAUUAGAAAAACCGAAAAAGAAUUGAAACUUGCUCACACUGGUUUCAGCUGGUGCAGAAGUUUAACAGACUGAGAUUUUGGGGUGAACAACAAAAAACUGUACAGUUUAAAAGAAAAUGCUUUUCUUCUUUUGGAGAAAACUUGUUGAUAAAGGAACUGUGGCAACUGUAAGGAUUGGAAAAAUGCUGGAACUUUUAUGAACUUUGUCUUAAGUGUUGACAGAAAAAAAUUCUAGAAGGCUAAAGCAUUUUACAGUAAAGUUAUUGAAUUGAGAAAAAAAUAACUGCAUUAUAAAGAAUGCAGGGUUUUUUUCUUGCAGAAUGCAGAUUUUUUUUAAUUUACAAAGCGUGAUCGCUAGCAAAAGCAUUAGUGCUUUUUAUCUGCAGUCUUUUUUAUGAGCUUUAAGAAGUUUUUAGUCUGCUUUGCUUGUCACAUUGCAAAAACCUAGCUUAAGAGCAUUUAAAAAAACUUAAGUAGAUAGGAGCUUAUGGUCAAAAAAAAGUGCAAAAAAGCAAUAGAUAGAAGAAAUUGUUGACAAUUUCUGUAGUCUUUCCUAGUUGUGAUCAAAUGCAGCCUAUGGAUGGCCUAUUUUAUACCAAAGAUGAAGUGACACCCUAACGCAGUCCAGGAGAUAGAGGUUUUUCUUUUUUUAAUCUUUAUUUGACCUACAUGGCCGGACCAGUUCUUACUUUCUUGUUUGUUUAAACUAUCUUCCACUGGUUUUUUACUUACUGCAUAUGUUUAUAAUGAUAAUUUCAGAGCAGUUGGUACUAGAAGCUUGUACCUCUUGUGUUUUGCAUCAUUUCAGAGUAUGAGGAAAUCUGGGUUACCGACUAUCCAGAUGGGCUUUAAUUUUUACAAGUUUUCUGUUACAUUGCCUGGUCUUUUGUAUUUCUACGGAAACUACAGUCUUCCUUCUGAAUUCCAACAUCCUACAGGUUCAUUUCCUCACCUCAGUCUUUGUCAUCUUGCAACAUGUAUAGUCACCUUGAAUCUGUAUUUGUUUUUCAGUGAUGCAUUUGAGUCACCUAUUAGAUGCCAGAAAAAGCAAAUUUAAUCUCUGUUCUCAUUUUAGCUCUCCCAUACAAGCAGAAAGUUAAAAAUUACUCACGUUAGCAUGCUCAUGCAGGCAGGAAGUUAAAAAUUACUUUUCUCACCUAUGACUUCUGUUGUCUUAAUACAUUGGCUGACAAUCACUAAUUGAUAUGAUUAGUCAAAAGACAAUGGUAAAGAAAUUGAGUCAGUUGAAAUCUAUUUUAAGAAUGACAACUAUUGCACAGAGAAAUCCUGAUUAAAAUCCUUGCUUUUUCCAAACAAACAAGGGGAGAACUAAGUCAGAACAAGAUGCAUGGUUUUUUUUCUUAAGGCAGAAAGAUCAAAGAAAAGCAGGAUAUAUAUAUCCUAAAUCAAACAACUGAAAACUUUCGUCCAUCAAAGAAAAAGGGGACGCUUCACCACAUUCACUGUGGUACAUUAGAAACAGGGUAUCCAUUAAAACAAAAUUAAAGCAUAUUUAUAUUGGAUCAACCUGAUUUAGCCACCCUAACUAAACAAUAUCUGAGGUUUAACUGAUUUUUUUAAAUCAUGUAUUUUUUUAGAAUUACUAAAUCAAUACCUUAUUUUGUAAAGUCGUGGGGUGUGGGAAGGGGUGGGUUACCCAAGCAAAUGGCUGCUAAAUAUGCAACAUGUGAAAGAGAGCGAUGGGAUCUUGUCUGGUUAAUUGCCAGAGCUACAGAGCCUGAUUUUCAGAAGGGCUAAAGUACUCCCAGCUCCUGUUGACUCCACCUGGAGUUGUGGUUAAUUCAGGACGUUUUAAAAUCAGGCUCACACUAACGUGUGGGGGGAAAGAAAGUAGUGUUUCCAUCUUACAGAAAGACCUCUAGCUUUUUCCUUUCUGUUCCACGUGCUUCCUCAUUGCUGUUUUCUUUUUGUGAAUGACAGUUGAGUUUUGUCCUUGGAAAAGGUAUGGGAAAAAUCAAGCUAGCCUUAUUUUCUUCCUUUUUGCACUCUGUGUGUGAACUCUUUGUAUAAAUAGAGAUCCCCAGGCACCAUUGAGUUGAAUAUGAAAUAAAUACAUGUUGUUCUGUUUCUGUACAAAUUCUAAUGUGACACACAAAAAGGUCUCAUUUACUAUCAACAAUGAGGCUACAAGGUAGCUACCAUGUGGCUGAUGAAUAUGCUGAGGUACCUUCCUGUUUCUAUUCAGAACUCUGCUGCUUUAUUUAUACAUUCAGAAACAUUUUUUAUUAUUAUUUUGAGCAAAUAAAGUAAAACAAUCUCAAUGUUUUUUUAUUAAGCUGGUCAGGCAAAGAGGUAUCAGGAUGCCUGUCACUUUAAACUGUUAUAAAUACAUUCCGUGUUAGAAUUGUUUAACUUUUUGCCAUGCUACAAGGUUUAAUAUUGUUUAAAAACCAAAAAAGGGGAAGAAGAAGAAAGACAAAGGGUCCUAUAAAUCCAAUUAAUCAUCUUAUUUUAUUGAUCCCAGUAUUGAUUAAUUGGUAGCUCAUGAGUUGUAAACAGUUAUAUAUCAGCAGGUAAGAAAUAGCAUAUUCAAAAUACAGAAAAUGCUUAGAUGGGAAUCCUUAUUUGUAAGAAUCAAAGAUGAAGUAAAAGAAUACAGAUGAAAUCUACUGAAUGCAGCACACCUAUCUGCCCUCUAGGUAUCAUCAUAACAGAGAUACCUAAUUGCUUCAAAAAAUGAAGCUGAUUUUCUUUAUGUUCUAGCUGACAAGGUUCUUAGUGGCUUUUUUUUUUUUCUUAAGUGCUGAAUUUGUACAUUCAGUAUCUAUGUCAUGCCAAUUUAGCCUUAAAUAUCAGGAGAGUUCCUGAAAGGUUGCAGAAACUACUCCAGAAGUCUAAGGCAAUGGUGCCUAACCCAAGUGUCUGGAAAUAAAAUCAAAUCCAUAAGCUGAGCUGCAUAUGUACUUUCCAUCACAUCCGAACUCUUGUAAAUAGUCAAAUUUAGACUUUUUUUUUUCCUUUUCAAAUAAAUGUAAAUGAGAGGUGUCAGAAAUAUGCUGGGAAAUUUGGAAUAUGUAGUUGUCACUGACGAUUGAAAGAUAAUUGGUAUGAUGGAACUAAAUACAGUAUAAUAUAUUGUAUUUGGAGCUGCUAGUGACAUAUCCAGGGCUUAAUUCAGGGCACUGAAAAGUCUUAUUGUCCCAAGUGAACUAAAAUGCUUAGGGAGCCCUCUUCCUAUCUGGCUCUAUUGCUGAUUUUGUUAGCACUGGUCACCUGUGACAGUCAGGCCUAGAAUUUUGGUUGCCCUCGUCUUCCCUUCCGCUGAAAUGAACUCUUGAAAUGUCCCUAGCGGAUGAAUACUAGUAUGGUUCUGUUUGCCAAGGUGUUUAGACUGUCUUUACAUGAUAGUUGAGACAUCCAAUGUAAUGCAGAACUAGACUUAUUUUAGAGCAAUUUCAUCAUGUUGUAUUAUCUUCUGCUGUGGCUGCAUGCACAACUGUGGAAGAUGACAGAUGGUGAUCAGGAAAGUGAGGGAUUCUGCAAUGGGAUUAAGCAUUAAAAUGGAUUUUUACAUGAGUAAAAAUCAAAUGAAGGGUAUUAUUUAUGUGUGUGUGUGUACCAAAAUUCAGCAAAUUUGAGGAAGCCUGCAUUGUAAUAAAGUUUAUUUUUAAUAUGUCA